CGCAUAAAAUAUAUUACCCCAAUCCUAGCAUGGGAUUUUCACGGGUAAGUAAAGUUUGAUAUACAUAAGAGUUGUAUUUUCCUUUUAACAGAAAUAAUACAAGUUUGAUGAUAACAUGCCUGGGAUCACGUUGUAUCAAAUAUCCCUGAGAUUACUCCUAAUAUCACGACCAUGUAGACGUCCACAUACAUUAUAAAACCUCACAUGCCAUAAGCAGUUCGUCUGUGCAUAUCUUUAGUCAACAAACUGUGUGUUUAAUUAUUUUGCAAAGAGAAUGCAGGGAAUGAUGUUCGACCAUAUUCAGAACCUUGACAAGUCGAGGACAAACUGGAGAAUCAAAGCCCGGUGUACCAGAUUUUGGCAGACAGUAUCCAACAAAACUAAUGACAUCAAAGGAUACAACUUCAUUCUUUUGGACGACGAUAAUUCUCACAUUCAUGCUUACGCCUACCCUGACAACUGGACCGCAAUCGGGAAGGAGGUAGUCGAAGGUAACGUCUACGUCAUUGAGAACUUCCAAGUCAGGGAUUCUACAGGGAAAUUGAAGCCUGUGUCAAACAAAUUAUGCAUACGUCUGCUCAGCUCUACUAUUAUAAUAGAUCAGCCAAAUGAUUUGUUGAUCCCUGUCCAUAAGUUUGAAUUUAUGGACCUAGGCGAUUUGUCCGAGGAGGCCAAAAAGAUUGUUGGUGAUGAAAACCCAGAAUUUGCAAUAGAUAUUAUUGGGGUCGUCGAGAAUUUUCACAAGAUGAAGAAAGUUCCUACCAAAAUUGGACAGAGGGAAGUGGUCAGAUUUUUAAUAGCUGAUGGAAGGUAUAUUGACUUGAAAUUUAAUUCAUGUUUUGUAACGCCCCCAGAUCCGUAUAUCCUGGAUCUAGGCCGUCACAUUAUUUUAGCAAACCUGACUUCCAAUAAUACAUAACUCGCCCCACAAGUCCAAGGUCGAUCUUACACUUCCACGCAGUCUAUCAUAACAUUACAACGAUAAGUUCAAAAGUACAAUCUACCAUUGUUAUAAUCAUAAAACAUCCUCGUUACGGGAACAAGUCUUCGCACCCUUCGUUGCCACAGCCUCACGCUUUGCCCUUGACUUUGCUGUUAUGUGCUUCCGAAUUAUCCUUCUCAUUUGUGCCAUUUUCGGUCCUUUACUGUCUAAAGGAAAUAAAGAGUUGCAAGUAUG